GUUUCCAUUGAAGACUAACACAGUUGCUUUUGGAAAUGUUCACCUGCAUAGAUCUCUAUACUUAUUCGCUGUGUUUUUUUCACGAUCGAUAUCUGUCGCCAAUCUGCUGAGCUGCACUUAGCUGUUGCUGCUCACACCCUUCAGACAGAACUUCAACUUAACUCAAAACAAGAUGAAGAGACUAAUUGUGUUGCUUCUGUUUUGUCACCUUGCGUCUACAGAGAAACACUCCCUGAAGUUUUUUCUUACUGCUACGGCUGGCGUCUCAAACUUUCCGGAGUUUGUAGCUGUUGCACUUGUUGAUGAAGUUGAGGUGGGUUACUGCGACAGCAAUGGAAAACGUCCAGAACCCAAAACAAGAUGGAUGAAAAAAAUAGUAGAAGAAGAUCCUAAGCAUCUUGAGUGGUACUCUAAUCAGUGUUCCCAUAACCAGCACGUCUUCAGAGGCGUCAUCGAGAGUUUGAAGCAGCGCUUUAACCAGUUUGAAGGUGCCAAUGUUUUUCAGAGGAUGAAUGGCUGUGAAUGGGAUGAUGAGACUGGAGAAUAUGAGGGAUUUAUUCAAUAUGGCUAUAAUGGUGAAGAUUUCUUGACAUUUGACAUGGAGACAAUGACAUGGAUUGCUCCAAAGCCACAAGCUGUCGUCACCAAACACAACUGGGACAGAGAUAGGACUGGCAAUGUUAAUUGGAAGAUUUCCGUUACCUAUAACUGUUUGCAUUUCCUUAAGAAGUAUGUGAACUGUGGAAAAACGUCCCUACAAACACCAGACCUUCCCUCAGUGUCUCUCCUCCAGAAGACUCCCUCCUCUCCAGUCAGCUGCUUCGCUACAGGUUUCUACCCUGACAGAGCCGAGAUAUUCUGGAGGAAAGAUGGAGAGGAGCUUCAUGAGGACGUGGAACUUGGAGAGAUCCUCCCUAACCAUGAUGGAUCCUUCCAGAUGAGUGUUGACCUGAACCUUUCAUCAGUCACACCUGAAGACUGGAGGAGGUACGAAUGUGUGUUUCAUCUCUCUGGUGUGAAGGACGACAUCAUCACCAAACUGGACAAAGCUGUGAUCAGAACCAACUGUGUUCCUCCCUCAGAGUUCCCUGCUGGUCCUGUUAUUGGAGGUGUUGUAGGACUGCUGCUCCUGGCAGUCUGCAUCACUGGAGUCUUCAUCUGGAGAAGGAGAAAUAAUGGAUUCAGGCCUGCAAACUCUUCAGACUCAUCAUCCACUGAAACUUCUUGUGUCAAGAUGCAGCCCUUAACUGAUCACAAACGUCUGUAUCAAAGCAAGAUGAAGGAGAUUCUGUUGUUUCUUCUCUUUUUCCAUGAUGUCUCUCCAGUAAAACACUCGCUGAAGUUUUUAGUCACAUCAUCCUCUGGAGUCAAAAACAUCCCAGAUUAUGUGGGUGUUUUGUUGGUUGAUGAAGUUCUAAUAGGAUACUGUGACAGCACCGGGGAGAAAACAGAAGUCACACACGACUGGAUGAAAAAACUGAUGAAAGAUGAUCCACAACACUUGGAGUGGUACACUCAGAGGUGUUUGUUAAACCAAUACAUAUACAAAGCUCACAUUGACAUUUUGAAGAAGCAACUGAACCAAACUGGAGAUGUCCACAUCUUACAAAGGAUGUACGGCUGUGAAUGGGACGAUGAGACUGGAGAGGUUAAUGGAUUUGUUCAGUUAGGUUAUAAUGGAGAAGACUUCUUAGCAUUUGACCUGAAGACUCUGACAUGGAUCGCUCCAAAACCAGAAGCUGUCAUCACCAAACACAGCUGGGACAGAGAUAGACCAGGCAAUGAAAGGUGGAAAUACUUACUAACCCAGCAUCACCCUGAGUUAGUGAAGAUAUAUUUGGACUAUGGGAAGAGCUCUCUGAUGAGAACAGAGCUUCCCUCAGUGUCUCUCCUCCAGAAGACUCCUUCCUCUCCAGUCAGCUGCUUCGCUACAGGUUUCUACCCUGACAGAGUCAUGAUGUUCUGGAGGAAAGAUGGAGAGGAGCUUCAUGAGAACGUGGAACUUGGAGAGAUCCUCCCCAACAAUGAUGGAUCCUUCCAGAUGAAUGUUGAGCUGAACCUUUCAUCAGUCACACCUGAAGACUGGAGGAGGUACGAAUGUGUGUUUCAUCUCUCUGGUGUGAAGGACGACAUCAUCACCAAACUGGACAAAGCUGUGAUCAAAACCAACUGUGAGUUCCCUGCUGGUCCUGUUAUUGGAGGUGUUGUAGGACUGCUGCUCCUGGCAGUCUGCAUCACUGGAGUCUUCAUCUGGAGAAGGAGAAAUAAUGGUGAGGGACAACAAUACUUUUUCAAGCAAUUUUAA